AUCUCCAGCUGCUGCAGACCCAAAGCUCGGGCAAUAAGCGAAGAUCGCGAGGACAAGCAACAACAAUAACAACAAAAACAUUUUCGGAGGAAAUACCACCUCUUUUUAUCCUUAGCAGAGAAGCAACCUCAGCGGGACCCCCGGCUCAUCACCCCCACCUUCCCCUCGCUCUACACAGACGGAAGGCUCGCUUGUUGCGCCGUGCACACGCAGGCUUUGCGGCUGCACACAGCUCGAAGCGCCAAGCCUGUAUUGUAUUUAAAGAAAAUCUGACUGACACAGCGACCCUUUGAAGCAUGUUGUGCUAAAGAAACACCUAUGCAGGUGGAUUCUUCACUAAUGAAUGUAGGGGAUGGAGGCACGGUGAGCAGAGAGAUCAAUGCUCCAAAUAACGCGUCCAUGAGCAUGGUGGGAAAUCCUCCCCAAACGCUGCCCCUCGAGUUUCGAGGCGACGUUACCCUCGGUCAGCAAAACAAGACCACUCCGACAACAGACUGUAAGACAGCGAGAGCCUGCGAGGACACCAGUAAUUACAACCACAGCCCGGAGCUUUCUCCACCCCGGCAGCUCAACAAUGAACCAAUGUCGAGCUCAGCCCCCGCCGGCGCUGAGAAGAGGACAGACAAAAGAGCGGUAGAGGCCGCUAAAAUCAAGGCCGACGGCGCGGGGGCCUUCCCCGCUCCUCAGCGAUCGAGUGGCAUAAAAGUCAGCCGGGAGGACUCGGCCAAUCCCUGUCACAGCAAGAAAUCACAUACGCAAACACCAUCUGCUCCACCUGGUUUCCAGUGCUCCUUGUUCAAACCAGCCCAGCCAGUUGCCUUCCUGCCUUCCACUGAAUUCUCCUCCCCCCUUUGCAAAAUCACUCUCCCACCAGCAUUGGGCCAAAUCGCGGCUCUGAGAGAAGCCACCGCCAGCCAGGUUCCAAAAGACAUCCAACCUCAAACCUCAGGUGUAGCAGGGACGCCCCUCAUGCGGCCCUAUCACUAUCCCUUCUCCGUGGCCCGGACUCCGGCUUCCGAGAAAAAAGCCUCUAAACUUAAGGCCAACCACUCGUCCAGCAAGAACGCCAAAUCUGUCGGGGAGCAUAAGUCCCUGGCCUCCGUGGUGGCCUCGCCGGCCAUCGCCCUCCCACUGCAGCACCCGUUGCUGAAAUCCUCGCCACCGACCCACUACACGUUGUCGCCCACUGCUGCCAUUUGCUGCGGCUCUGCACUGGCCAGCAUUGCCUCGCAGAGUCGACUUCUUAACCACGUGGAAAAGAGCCUCAGCUUAGACAAGAGCCUCGUGGGCACUCUGAAAACAGAAGAGCAUCGAGUAGCGGGCUCGCAGGAGCCGAGGGACCUACCCCUGGAUUUGUCAGCCAAAUCAAAACGUCCAAAAUGCACAAAUGACCCUCCGGUUUCGACAAAGGAGCCUCAAAAGAGCGAGUCAAAUAAAACAGACUUUGUGAACUCAAAGAGGACGCAUAGCGCAGCUGGAAAACACCCCAUAUUACCCAAUACACACCGAAACGGAUCCCAUCAAAAGCAAUCCAUCCGGCCACAGAAUCAACAGGUCUCUGAUCUCAAGACGGCAUGGAGCAAGGAACCUUCGCAAGAGCCCAUUAAAAAUAUCCCAGGAACAUACGUAGGUGUAGCAAGUCCCAUACUGGCCUCUACGCUUCGAGGCAAAGAUGGAAAAAGGACUUUUGCAGAUGAGUUCCAGAGUUUCGCUAAGCAGGAGUUUAUAUCCAUUAUCGACCAAGGAGAACAAGUGACCUCGGGAGGAAAGAAGCCCACCCCGCUGAAGCAGAGUGUCAAGCACGCUAAAAACACGAGCCCAGCCAUCACCAAGAACUGUCCGGCCAAAGGGGCCCUCAUGACGGCCCUGUCAAGCGCCACCAACACGCAUCUUAGGCCUGGCAAAGCAACGGGUCCUUACUCGGCCUGGCAACAGCCCUCUCAUCCUCCCCACCAAGCAUCCGCGGCUCAGAGAAAAAUCUCACCAGGUUCACCAACACCCAAAGGGAAUGUGGAAAGUUCCAAGUUUCAGAGUCCAUCCGUUCCUGCGGAGAAUUCCUGGGAGAAACCGUCUCCGCUCUCCAACCUCGCGUCUAUCGUGAAGCAGCAAGACGUUGAAACAAGUGCACCGGCAAGUGAUGCUCAUGCUGUGUCAAGAAAAGACAAUGUUCUGACUCUUCUCAAAGAGACCCUGCCUAAACAGUCCUCUCCAUAUGAACCCCCAGCAUACUGGUCCACCGAAAAGCGGCCUGGAGCCUUGUCUCAAGGGGGCUUAACUCCAUCCAGAAAGAAGCUGGAAAGGUUGAAGCCCUCUGAGAUCUCGGAGAAUAACGCAGCGCACCGCAGCCAUCAGUUAGAACACAAACAUGCUUUGUCCAAGCCCUUUGGACUGUCUCAUAGCCUCAGAAGCAACGCAUCAACAAAUGGCAACAGGCUGGAGAGCAAACUAGCCCAGGUGUUAGAGGGGGAAGUCCUGAAAAAAGACAGCAAAGAGUCAGAUGGUCCCCCGGAUGAAAAUCUGGGAGGUUUAGUUGCGUCCAUUCUGUCGGGCCGAGGUGGCGAGAAAAAAACAAAUGGAACCAAAGAGGAGUCGCCAACCAAAGCUGUUAAACAAAAGAAAGUUAGUCCCAAGAAGCUCUCAAAGGAGAAGUCGUUGGCAGAGUCGCCAAAGAAGACGGCAGGAGAGAAGGAAAAAGACGCGACACUCGUUUCCCGAAAGCAAACAAAACAAAAAACAUCCGAAUUGGAGCAACGACUUUGCCCACAGAGUAAAGAGCAGACAAAGACGAAGAAAGACGACGGACUCCACAACAAAACCGUUACAGAUGGUGGCAGCAGGCCCGACGGUGAAGAGACCCGUGUCUUGAAGUCCGCUGCGGCCACCAAGGAGGGCUCGGCUAAGGACGCCUCCUUCUCGAGGUUGAGGAGAGGACGGCGGCGUGCAGACGAGGCCAGACUGGACCUCUGGGGCUUUGCGACACCUUCCCCCCCUCCGCCGCCCCCGCCACCCCCUCAAAGGGCCCCUUCCCCCUCACCCCCACAGACGCCGGCCCGCCGUCCGAGAGGUAGGCCUCGCUCCAACCGACUGUUGGAGCGGGACGUCCGGGACAAGGGCAAGGCAGGCGAUGCGGAAGACGAUGCUCCAACACAUAAAAAGAGGAGGCACUGCCGUAACAGAAAGUACCAGACAGGGGACUACAUCACAGAGAAGGACAAAGUGGAAGAAGAAGAGCACCUUGAUGAGUCAGACGGUGGAGUGACAGCUGAUUCGCAGAAGACUCAAAGUCCUGCCGCUUCCAGUCCAGAGCCGCCAUCACGAAGACCCUCCUUCACACGUUCGGGCUCGCUCCGCUAUCAGGCUCGGGACACAUCGCCCGAGUCCAAUGACAAGCCUUCUGGGAAGAGGAAGUUCAAAAGCAAACACUUGUGUGAGAGCGAUGAGCAAAAGACGAAGACCAAGCGUGGCAGCUUGGGCAAACGUGGCGUCCCCGCAGCUCUGGAUGAGGACGCAAUCACAGAGAACAGCAGCCCCCCGCCCCUCUCCAAGAGUGUGCCCUCGUCUCCGUCUGGCAAAAGGAGCUCGUCAGGGAAAAACAGCAGCCCGGAGACUCCUGCCAAACGUCCAAUUCCUCCGGAGGUGCGACGGCUGAUCGUCAAUAAAAACGCUGGGGAAACGUUGCUGCAACGCGCCGCCCGUUUAGGCUAUCAGGAAGUGGUGCAGUACUGUCUAGACAAAGACAUCAGGGAAGUGAAUCGGCGAGACAAUGCGGGCUACACGGCCCUCCACGAGGCGUCCUCUCGCGGCUGGACUCAGAUUGUACAGAUGUUGCUCAAACAUGGUGCUGAUGUUAACUGCAGUGCUCAGGAUGGAACACGGCCACUUCAUGACGCGGUGGCUAGCGACAACCUUCCCAUCGUCUGGCUGCUCCUGAACCACGGCGCAGACCCGACUCUGGCCACCUACUCGGGACACACGCCGGUCAAACUGGCACACAGCACCACCAUGAAGACCUUCCUCACGGAGUAUUUCACCGACCUGGAAGGGCGCGGUGAGCAGGAUCCCACCUUGUACUGGGACUUCUACAGCAGCUCCUUGUUCGAGACAGGUGAAGAGCCCUGCUGGGAUUUUUUGCUGUCGGAGAAGAGCCAGGAGUCUGCGGAGGGCGAGAGCGUGAAUGCCGACGAGGAAACUAACAAAGACAGCCUGGUGUUCGAGUUCUCCUCAGAGCCCCUUUUGCCCUGCUACCAUGUGCAGGUGUCUGUAACACAGGGCUUUUGCAACUGGUUCCUGCUGUCAGACGUGCUGAAGCGUCUGAAGAUGUCUGCGCGGAUCUUCUGUUCCCGCCACCCUCACUUGGAAGUGGCCAGCCUGCCUCGCACCGAGCUCAGCCGGCAAGUUCUCGUCAGUCAGGUGGGCUUGCCUCCAGAUUCCCCCAGCAAGGACAAAGAGGAGGAGGAUGAGGAGGACAUGGAUGAGGAGGGGGGAAACGAGGAGGAGGAUGGGCUGGUGGAUUUGGUGCGGUGCGUUCCAGACCUUCAGAGACUGCUGGGCUCCUCCAUUCACAUCCUACAAGAUGAUGGCGAGGAGGAGGAGGAGGAAGAGGAGAGGCCGCAAGGUCGGUAGCCCCCCGCAAAGGACGAACUCGAACACCUCCGUCCAAGCACUCACUUUUCAGGUUCCUAACUUGCCUCCACUCGAGGCUUUUCAAGAGAAGUUGGUGGUCCGCGGAGACAAGACCGCCGCACAAUAGUCAGACAUUGUUCCCCCGCCCCCCUUUCCCAAAUGCCUUUACUCCCCUCUCCUCUUCCUCAUUCUCUCUGUGGUGGAUGGACCUCAAAGCUGCAAUGACACAGCCCCCCAACCUUCCCUCGCGGAAUCACUUUUUUUUUGGGACUUUUCAGGGGCGGACACGUGCGGCCGUGUCCUUUGCAUCCGUUGACACCUCGUUUUGUCGUGCUUUAUUUAAUAUUCCUUAAUAUAUUUGACCUCUUGUGUAUGUAUGAAAAGUUGCUUUGUAUGGUCGGUGCUUCACGUGCUUAUUAGGAUCCCUUUAUUCCACCUGACCUUGGUUUGAGAACAGUAUUUGAGCAAGCGAAAGUACAGUUUUAUUGUACUGGUGCUAUAAUAGAUUUUUUUUUUUGUGUGUGUAUUGACAAUCAAGGAAGUUUUGGUUUGGAGUCACAAACUUAAUAAAAAAAACUAAAAGAAAAAAUAUAUUUAAGAGGCGUAAAGGUGGAGUUGUGUUGAAUGGGGGAAAAACAAAGAGUGUGUUAUGAGAGACUUUAAUUUGAUUCUUUUAUAAGGAAUUAAAAAUAAAGCAUGGUUAUAAAUCAUA